UGCAUCCGCUAAACCAUGAGCUAUCAGAUACCAUCGUCUCAGAGUCGAACGAUGUCUCACAGUAAUUAUGGUGGGUCUGAUGUACCAAUGGCACCGAGCAAGGAACAACAGACGCUCAUGUGGCAACAGAAUUCAUACCUGGUUGAUUCUGGUAUUAACUCUGGAGCAGCUACUCAGGUGCCAUCACUUACUGGCAAAGAGGAUGAUGAAAUGGAAGGGGAUCAACUCAUGUUUGAUCUGGACCAAGGGUUUGCUCAGGGGUUUACGCAGGAACAAGUUGAUGAUAUGAACCAGCAGUUAUCACAAACUCGUUCUCAAAGAGUCCGUGCGGCUAUGUUCCCUGAAACCCUGGAAGAGGGUAUUGAGAUACCCUCGACUCAGCUGGACCCUGCACAACCCACUGCGGUCCAGCGUUUGGCCGAACCAUCUCAGAUGUUGAAACAUGCUGUCGUCAACCUUAUUAACUAUCAAGAUGAUGCUGAUUUGGCUACCAGGGCUAUCCCAGAGUUGAUAAAGCUCUUGAAUGAUGAAGAUCAAGUGGUGGUGUCUCAAGCUGCGAUGAUGGUUCAUCAGUUGUCAAAGAAAGAGGCUUCACGUCAUGCUAUCAUGAACUCACCUCAAAUGGUUGCAGCUUUAGUGCGAGCUAUUUCUAACAGCAAUGAUUUGGAAACCACUAAGGGUGCUGUUGGUACCUUGCACAACUUGUCUCAUCAUCGACAAGGUCUGCUAGCCAUCUUCAAAAGCGGAGGAAUACCUGCUUUAGUUAAACUUCUAAGCUCUCCAGUUGAAUCUGUGCUUUUCUACGCAAUCACAACCCUUCAUAAUCUACUGUUGCAUCAAGAUGGAUCUAAAAUGGCCGUACGUCUUGCUGGAGGUCUCCAGAAGAUGGUAGCUCUACUACAAAGAAAUAAUGUAAAAUUCCUAGCUAUUGUCACAGAUUGUUUGCAAAUUUUGGCUUAUGGAAAUCAAGAAUCUAAGCUAAUUAUCCUUGCUUCCCAAGGACCCAUUGAAUUAGUUCGCAUUAUGCGCUCUUACGACUAUGAGAAGUUGUUGUGGACUACAUCAAGAGUUCUUAAGGUGUUGUCAGUGUGCUCCAGUAACAAGCCAGCUAUCGUCGAAGCUGGCGGUAUGCAAGCUCUUGCCAUGCAUCUCGGUAAUCCUAGUGGACGUUUAGUACAGAACUGCCUUUGGACAUUGAGAAAUCUUUCUGACGCUGCUACUAAGGUUGAAGGCUUGGAAGCGCUCCUUCAAAGCCUGGUUCAAGUUUUGGCUUCAACCGAUGUUAACAUAGUGACUUGUGCAGCUGGUAUAUUGUCGAACUUGACUUGUAACAACCAGAGAAAUAAGGUGACAGUAUGCCAAGCUGGUGGUGUGGAUGCUCUUGUACGUACAGUAGUCUCAGCUGGAGACCGUGAAGAGAUCACCGAACCAGCAGUUUGUGCCCUCAGACACCUUACGUCUCGUCACGUUGAGAGUGAAAUGGCUCAAAAUGCUGUCAGGCUACACUAUGGGCUGCCUGUGAUAGUGAAGCUGCUGCAGCCGCCGUCGCGCUGGCCGCUGGUGAAGGCGGUGGUGGGGCUGGUGCGCAACCUGGCGCUGUGCCCCGCCAACCACGCGCCGCUGCGCGAGCACGGCGCCGUGCACCACCUCGUGCGCCUGCUGCUGCGCGCCUUCAACGACACGCAGCGGCAGCGCGGCUCGGUGGCGGGCGGCGUGGGCGGCGGCGGCGCGGGCGGCGCGUACGCGGACGGCGUGCGCAUGGAGGAGAUCGUGGAGGGCGCGGUGGGCGCGCUGCACAUCCUGGCGCGCGAGGGGCUCAACCGCGCGCUCAUCCGCCAGCAGAGCGUCGUGCCCAUCUUCGUGCAGCUGCUGUUCAACGAGAUCGAGAACAUACAGCGUGUAGCGGCAGGCGUCCUCUGUGAGUUGGCAGCUGAUAAAGAGGGAGCUGAGAUGAUAGAGGCUGAAGGCGCAACCGCUCCACUCACUGAAUUACUGCAUUCACGUAACGAAGGGGUCGCAACGUACGCCGCUGCUGUUUUAUUCCGUAUGUCAGAAGAUAAGCCUCACGACUAUAAGAAGAGACUCUCAAUGGAGUUGACUAAUUCACUGUUCCGCGAAGAUCACCAGAUGUGGCCCAAUGAUCUCGCUAUGCAACCUGAUUUGCAAGAUAUGCUCGGGCCGGAACAAGGCUAUGAGGGCUUGUAUGGGACGAGGCCAUCUUUUCACCAGCAAGGUUACGAUCAAAUACCGAUAGACUCAAUGCAGGGCCUCGAGAUCGGCAGCGGUUUCGGUAUGGACAUGGACAUCGGCGAGGCGGACGGCGCGGGGGCCGACAUCGCCUUCCCCGAGCCGCCGCACGACAACAACAACGUCGCCGCCUGGUACGACACCGACCUGUAG